AUGCUCUUCACUUCUUUGUACUUUGUGAUUUCUCUCUCACAGGCACGAAAACUCGAGAGAAGACGUGAGAACAAGAAAAACAAACGAGACAGGCAGCAAAUCCGACAGACAAUUGCAAAAUGUUAUGACGUCGACGAUUCAACGAGUAAAAUGCUUGCCAUCGAAAGACAGAUAGUAGGGCUCGACAAGCCCCAGUUUCACAUUGAUGUGUUGAAGAAAAAGCAGAGGGUGAGCGUCAAACCUGUAUUUCUCAUUGGUUUUCUGAGUUAUUAUUCAACUUUUGCAAAAUUUGUUUCGGCUGUGGAGUUGAUGCUUAUUCAGACUAUUAUGGAAAUGGUAAACAAGCGACGAGCGGUGUUGCAAACUUUGAAAGAAGAAAAGGAACUAAAAGAAUUGAAUGAGAAAUUGCACCAUUACUAUUCGGACUGCAAAAAACUUCAAGCGCUUGCAGAGCAGGAGCGUCUUGCACGAAAUGCCGAUGUCAACUUUAUUCCUCUUCCCGAAGGAGAUCUUGCGGAAGGAGAAUUGCGCAAGGUGCAGAUUAUGGGUCCGCAGCCAAUGGCUCCUGUCAAGAAGAAGGUUGAAUUCAAGCUACCACGUGGGGGACCUCGACGGCAAGGACUGCGCCCGCCAGGACCUCCUUGUGGUAUUCCUCCGGAUCUGAGCGAUAGCGAAGGCGAGGGCGAAAACGAGCACGAUCCUUAUCACGUACCUCUCCCUGCUGACGACGAUUUAGCGCCUGUGAUAAUUCCUGACUUCGAUGGUCCAAACAAGUUUCCUAAAUUCCCGCCAAUUAUGCCUCUUCGACAGCCCCCUGGACCUCCACCAGGUCCGGUGCCACCGAGGUUCAAUCCUAUGGGUAUUCCUAUGCCUCCAUUGCCCGCUCCAGCACCUGCACCUGCUACACAAAACGAUGGAGGAGGCGCUGUGAUCUCUUCUGCGCCUGUCAUUCGACGCGAUCGUGAGCAUCCGCCUGUGAUUGGCCCUCAGGCACCCACCGUUGUUUCUGCUGCUCCGCAACUCAGAAAUCUAAGAAAGGAAACAGUGAAGCUAGUACCGGUGGUGCUCAAGCGUAAGCCAACAGGUGUCCGACCGAAGCCAGCAAUUCGAAGACCUCAAACAGAGGCGACUCAGCAGGCAAAAACAACGGAUGAAGCAUACAACGAAUUCAUGAAAGAAAUGGCGGAUCUCAUCUAA